AUGUUCAUCCUCAAAAAGAAGCUAAAGUUAUUAAAGUGUAAGAUCAAUGAUUGGAACAAGAUAAUAUUUGGAAACAUUCAUAAGAAUGUUAGAAAAGCUAAGAUUUGUCUGCAAGAGGUGCAAAAUAACAUAGUUGCUCAGAGCCACUCUGAUUAUCUCAUUGAGAAAGAGAAUCAUGCUCAAGUCAUCUUAGAUAAUGCCCUCUUUAUUGUGGAUUUGUUCUGGAAGGAGAAAGCUAGAGUGAGGUGGUAUGCUAAAGGUGAUUGGAACACAAAGUAUUUCCACAUGAUUGCUAAGAUCAAGAACGCAGCAAGAGGGAUACAUUCAAUAAAGAUAGAUGACACCUUGACAAUUGAUCCUAACAAGAUUGCCACACAUGUGGAUAGUAAUCUAGUGGAAAGAGUGGUCCCCCAGCUAGUCAAUGACCAAGCUAACAAUCUUCUUACCAUGUUACCUUCACAAGAGGAAAUCCAUGGUGCAGUAUUUAGCCUUAACGGUGACAGUGUUAGGAGCCCUGAUGGUUUUGGUCCUAUUUCCUUUCAAACUUUUUGGUCAAUUAUCAAAGAGGAUGUGAUAAUAGCCACAAUGCAAUUCUUCACAGAUGGAUGGAUUCAGCCAAACUAUAACUCAAAUACUCUAGUUCUAAUCCCUAAGGUUGAAGGUGUAGACUACAUUGAGAAGUACAUGGCAUUGCCAUGGCCAACUUAA